UUAAUCCACUGGCGGGCCUGGGAGCGAGACUAACGGCUCCAUUUUCAUUGGCGGCCCUUCAACCGUGAACAGCGGCAGAGGCUCGAUCAGUUAGCGGUCCUCACACUGCAGCACGAUCAGCUGGCGCUCAGCCCUCUUCGUGUUCACGAUGUGUAGAGGACAGGACAUGUAAGCAGCCGGGCUUCCCUUUCUAUGUUAGAGACCGGACUGUAGUAUUUCCUGGCCGCGUUGUCCUUUACCGAAGAUCCGGUGGAGACGCCGCGGAGAUUUUCCCCUGCCCGUCUUGGCCGGGGCCGCGGAACCUUGGUCGGCCGGGCCGCAUUCCUUCACUCUCUGAAGACCAGUGGGAAGGAGUGUCCGCCGCGUGAGUUCGCUGCCAGACUCGGCUGUUAUUCCUGGCUGGAUUACUAGACUUUGAGCAUCAACUGAUGAAGUAGGCUCUCCAUCAUGGCUUCUUUGCGGAUCAUCUGGGUAACCACAGUCAUUUCUAGCGUCGUGCUAUGCAAUGUCUGCGCUGGACAGAAAACAUUCCGUGUGGCCAGCUCAGCGGGCAGUUUCAUCAAUUUCGUGAUGGACCCUGAUACGAACUCCAUAUACAUAGGAGCCAGCAACAAGAUACUGAAACUUAGUAGGGACCUUGUGUUGGAAUAUGAGGUAAGCACAGGACCUGAGUUGGACAACCCGGCCUGUCUGCCUACCGGAGAGUGUACGUACGGCCGCCAGGUGACGGACAAUGUGAAUCAGGUGCUUGUGGUUGACACCAGUGCCAACAGGUUGAUCUCCUGUGGAAGCGUGCUCCAAGGCAGCUGCCAGCUGAGGAAAAGGGACGACCUGUCUCUCAUCGCGUAUCCCAAGUCCGAGCCACAUCAUUUCAUUGCUGCUAACAGUAUGGACGGGUCAACAUACGCAUUCAUCGCACCAGGACCGUCAGAUCAGGGAGAGGUCCUUUACGUAGGCGUGUCCCGAACAGACCGAGGUUUGUUCAGCAACCCACCAACUGUAUCCAGCAGAACAGUAGCUGCAGAUAGCAACAAUAUCAACAUUUUCAAGUUCGCCUCGUCAGACGAGUUUUCGGAGCCCAAAAUCGACAUGAACCCAAAUGUUCUAAGCAUAUAUCCAAAUUUCAACAUCAAGUAUGUCUACGGUUUCAGUAGUGGAUUUUACAGCUACUUUGUAACAGUACAGCCCGAGAGUUACAAUGUUCCCAACGGACCCCUACUGUCCAAGAUAGUGAGAAUCUGUCAUGAUGACAACAAGUACCACUCUUACAUUGAGCUCCCACUCAUGUGUUCAGCCAACUCAGUGAACUACAAUCUCGUGCAAGCAGCAUAUGUAGGAAAACCAGGAGCCAUCUUGGCUGGAAACAUGGGAGUAACUCCCAACGACGAUGUGCUCUUUGCCGUCUUCUCUAAAAGCCAAAGUUCGUCGGAUAAUCCAACCUCGUCCUCUGCCCUUUGUGUAUACACCAUCAAAGACAUCAACAGAGCCAUGAGGGCACGGAUACAAGACUGCUUCAACGGGAAUGGCAAUCUGGGAAUAGACUGGAGCACAGGGACACUCAGCACAGAGUGUAGACAGAGUAAUUUACCAAUAAACGACGACUUCUGUGGGUUUGAGGUGAAUCACCCCAUGGGCGGCACCAUGCCGAUUCCUGCCCAGCCCGUCUACAGCACCGACUCGGCCACACUGACCGCGGUGACAUCACUAGAGGUGCAGGAGUACACCGUGGUCUUUCUGGGCACCAGCAGAGGACAUUUGAAGAAGGUUGUGGUGACGUCAGGCACCAGUGGACAGGAAUAUGAGGACCUGACCGUGGUGGCGAACAGUGCCGUCCUCCCCAGCAUGUACUUCACACAGGACAAGAACUACAUCUACGUGGCCACACAGAGACAGGUGACGCUGGUGCCAGUAGAGAACUGUGGACAGUACAGCACCUGUGGAGAGUGUCUGGGAGUGAGAGACCCGUACUGCGGCUGGUGUGUGCUGGACAACAAGUGUUCUCGGAGGUCGGAGUGCAAUGAUGCUGACAUCACGUUCCGCUGGGCGACCACGCUGCAGGAGUGCCCCGCCAUCAGCGUCAACCCCGGCUUUAUCCCGCGCACACAGGGCAUUGUCAGGGUGACAAUCACUGGCCAGAACAUCCCAGCCCUGACCGGAGGACACUCCUACUCCUGCGUGUUUGGGGACUUUGCCACGACAAGUGCCACAGUGGUGGGCACACAGCUGUUCUGUAACUCCCCACCUGCCAGUAAGAUACCUGCCAUCACUGGACCACGAGACAACUUGGUGUCAGACCUCUUUCUGCUGGCAAGUGAGACCAAUCAGAAGUUUGUCAAGACCAACUUCACUUUCUAUGAAUGCAACGUACAUGCAUCCUGCUACAGCUGCACGUCUAGCACCUUCAACUGUGAUUGGUGUAUCUAUGACAACGUGUGCACACACCGCAGAACCGACGUCUGCAGAUAUGUCAGCAACUCCGAGCUGGUCUUGGGCAAUGAUGGUCCAGAUUCGUGUCCUCAGAUUCUACCCUCAGCAGAAGAGACAUUAAUCCCAGAAGGGGUCACCACUGAGAUUGUUUUGAAAGCAGCCAAUCUUCCAAUUCCAAAGUCAGGACAGCUGGGGUUCCAGUGUGUGCUGGAUAUUGAAGGGAACAUGAGGAGAGUUCAGGCCAACGUCCUUGAUGACCAAACCCUGCAGUGCCAACCUGCACAGUAUUUCUACAGCAGAAAAGUCUUAAGUCUUCCCAUCACCCUCUCAGUUGAAUGGAACGGACACUAUAUCAUAGACAACCCACGAAAUGCACAAGUGUUCCUGUACAACUGUUCUGUGACCCACACCUCCUGCGGCGUCUGCCACAAGUCGAACGAGAAGUUUCAGUGCGGCUGGUGCCACGACCAGAACCAGUGCACCAUCAGGGACCAGUGCCCGGCUAUGUGGCUGGACAGGCUACAGACAUGUCCCAAUCCAAGGGUACUAGAGUUCACGCCAGUGGCAGGGCCUGUGGAGGGAGGAACCAUAGUAACGAUGAGGGGGGAGAAUCUGGGCAAGCAGUUCUCCCAGGUAGACAACAAUGUGUACGUGGCUGGAAUUGCCUGUCAGACUCUGGAGACUGGCUUUAUACCUGAGGAACAGUUGACAUGUGAGACGGGUGGGUCCACCCAGGGCAUCACGGCAGGCCCCAUCCAAGUCAAGGUGGACCAGUACAGAGGGACGUCCAAUGCCAACUUUUCAUAUGUUAACUCGGUUAUCCUGAGUGUGAGCCCAACACGUGGUCCCAAGUCCGGGGGCAGCCGGGUGACCAUCACAGGUCAGCACAUGAACGCAGGCAGCACCAUCACAGCUUCAGUUGCAGGACAAGACUGUCAAGUCAUGGAUACAACGUCCACCACUGCCGUAUGCACCACCUCACCCUCCAACAUGCUGACCUCAGGAGGGGUCAGGAUGACCUUCGACAGGGCCAUCAAGGUCAACAACAACAUCCGCUUUGAGUAUGUGGUGGACCCGACAAUCAUCCAGAUCCUUACAGACAAAACAAUCAAAAGUGGUGGCCUCCCAGUACAAGUGAUGGGAACCAACCUGUUCUCAGUGCAACAGCCCAGGAUGACAGUUACUGUGGGCGGACGAACCUUCACGGGGGAACCCUGCAUGGUCAAGACAGAAAACAUCAUGGAGUGUCCAUCCCCUGGCAUCGUUGCAAAUAGGAACGCUACAGAGGACAACCCCAUCCAGGCUGACUUCUACGGUUUCAUCAUGGACGGUGUGCUAGCAACAAGAAACCUGUCCCAAGACAACUCCCUCUUCACUCCCUACCUGUACUACCCUGACCCCAUCUUCUACCCGUUUGAGGAUGGAGUGGAGCAGAUGACAGA